AUGCAAGUAUCACCAAAUCCAUUUUUACUUUCGGCUUUUGGAACUAAUAAUGAAUAUGAAUCAACUGAUAUUAUUCGUCGUUGGAUAUGGAUAUUCGAACAAAGUUUGUUAAAAAAUGUUCGUAUUGUUGGAUUCUUCACUGAUGGAGAUCCAAAAUAUCUUCGCGCAAUGCGCCUUGUUACUGGUUUUUUUGCUACACUACCGAAUAUUAAAUUAAAUAGUUAUAACGAUGCAUUUCAUGUUAAAAUUCAAAAGGAGUGGAAUUGGUAUUUUCUUAAUGAUAGUCAACGAUUUUUAUGCUUUCAAGAUGCCACGCAUCUUUGCACUAAAUUGCGUAAUCGACUGUUAUCUCGUAAAGCUAAUAUGUUAAUUGGAAAUAGUUGCAUUUCUAUUGAUUAUCUCUCAACAUUAAUUCAAAACGUUCCAAAGUUACGACAUGGUUUAGUAAAAUCUGACAUUUUCCCACAGGAUCGUCAAAAUUUCAGUUCUUGUGUUAAAAUAUGUAGUGGCGGUGUAAUUAAUAAUUUAACUAAUGUUCCUAAUUCUGAGGGCAUAAUAUUGUAUCUUCGCCUUCUUCGUUCUAUUAUAAUUGCAUACAAUGACAAAGAAACAACUCCAAUUCAUAGACUUUAUCAUGCAUGGUUUCCAGUUUUUGUUAGUCGCUGGUGGUACACUUGGAUUGCUAACAUGCGAAAAGUAGACUUAGAUGAUAUUUUAUAUGAACUUAGUGGAAUUAAAAAUAAUCGAAAAAAUAAAAAACACCAGUUCUUUAUUACUAAUAAUGCUUAUUAUUGUAUUGAAAUCAAUGCUAAUCAACUAAUGUAUCUUGCCUUAUUAGUAACAGAAAAAAGGUUACCACCAGAAGCAAUGAAUAUUUACUUAUUUAGUUCUCAAACCUGUGAGGGUAUGUUUCGCUCUGCCCGUUCCAUAUCAGGAACAUUUUCGUCUGUUGUAAAUUUUACUGUACAAGAAUUUUUUAAUCGUGCACAGAAACUUUCUCUCUUAAAUAAAAUCAAAACUGAAAGUGAAUUUUUCUCAAUGAAUGGUACUCUUGUUUUUCCAAAACAUUAUAAACAAGGAAAAAAAUUAAAAAAACAUAAUAUAAUUUCAAAUCAUAAUACACUCAAUGUAGAUAUAAUUUCAAAUACAAUUUUACAAGCAUUUAAUGAUGCUACUAACUUAAUACACGGCUUUAAAAUUAAAAAUUUUCUUGAUGAAAAGAAAAUUACAAAUAUGAAGCAACUUAACAGCUAUAUUCACAACAUCCUAACACAAAGAAUAAAUAUUAUGGAUUAUUCUGACUUGUAUGAAGAAAAAGAUGAAACAUCAGAUUCAGAAGAUGAAUUAGAUAUUGUUCUCGAUUCAGAAAGUGACGUUGAAAGUGAAGAUCAACAAUAUGAAACAUCAUGUAUCUCGUCAAAUGAAAUCUUAAAUGGUUUAGAUGGAAUUAAGUUCUCUGGAAUGCGAGUAUUCGACACAGUUCGACCCGAGUUGGCAAAAUCUUUUUUUGAAGUUGAAAUAGGUGGUAACACAAAAUUUGUUCACAAACAGACUGCUUGUUGGAUUUUCACUGAAAACAAGCCGGUCUUGUUAAACGAUCGUCUCACUCGUGUUAUGCAAAAAUAGGACAUAACGAAGAAAUGAUUUGUUAGAACUUUUUGUUUUUUUUUGUCAAAAGUCACUUUUUUUUAUUAUAUUUUUGAAAAAAAACUUGAUAAUUUGACUUUUGCAUCUUGUAUUGGAAUAUUUAAAAUAUAGAUGAAGAACAACAACAGAACGUAUUUUUAUAUGUUACAAGAAAAAAAUGAUUUGAAUUCAUUGUCUAAAUAACGCAAUAGACUUGUCAAUAAUAUUUGGGUCAUGAUGUAAUUCGUGUUUCCAUUUGCGUACUCAUCUGCAAGUGGAUAUUUUUCGAUCUCCGGAUAUCGCCAACCGAUUUUUGUGUUAAUGAUUAGUUACAGACUUAUGUUAAUUGAGAGAUACAGUUAGUACAUUACUUUCUAGUCGACAUCUAUGUUUCGCAUGCUGAUACAUAGCCCAAAAAAGAAGUUUAUACUCGCAGCGCAAGAAGAGUUCUAGAUUCUUUGAGAUCCUGGUUGUAUUUAGUUUUGCUUAUUUCGUUAUAAAAAUUAAGUCAAUAUAAUUCUAGUUAGUAAAAUAGUCUGUUUUUCAUCAGAGUCGUUUCCGACGAAGAAAUGGGGAAACUUAAUAGAAAUAUUAAAGAUAUUGUGAAUCUAUAGUUAACGUUCAAUAUACCGUACUCUAUGGACUCUCAUUGCACUCUUAGAGUCCACAGAGUCCACGGAGUCCAGUGAGAGUACAUGGAGUCCAGUUGGAAUACAUCGACUCCGUAGAGUAUAGGAGUACGAGAGUACGUCGUUUCCCCCUUGCCACCGACUGAUUACCAUGGCAACAAGCAACACUGUUGAAUAGUACAUGAAACUACGUAGUAACAGAAUCUCUUUUGAACGGUGAAAACCGCAACUUUUUAUCUUGAUCUUAUCAUAAGUUAUUCGAAAUUAAAGAUUAUCCGGUGACUUUUCGCUCACUUAUAGCAUACUUUCAAACUAAUAUGUUAUGCGAUGAAUAGUCGGAGCACCUUUCUUGUCAUCUCGAUUAACUUUUGUUUGUUUUCGUUAUUCGCAUACAACUUGAGGAAACUGUUUCAAUUACUAAAAACAAGGAUGUGGUCUUCUCUUCACCUACUCGCAUUCCAUAUUCUCUUUAUUUCUACUAUUUAGUCUAUUUAGUGUAUUUUUUUUUUCUCUUACAGAUUUUUGUAAAAAUAACGGGUGGCCCAUAAAGAAUUGCCCUCAUAGUAUUUUUAAUAUUUCUCCUCUAUUAUUCCUGUGAUUCAAACACCUUUUUUAUCACAAGAUACCGCUUGAAAUUCUCUACAAAAUCAUAUAUGACUAGACCUUAAACCUGCUUUAGAUAUAUCUGAAAAAAGAUGAAAAAUGAAGACACACAAAAAGCGGUAAAAAGUAACGGGUUGUACAUUAAUGAAUGGCCACGCUUUGCAUCCUAUGUUUUCAUCACUUACUUCGCCCUAUUAGAUAAAUAAAGUAUACCAAAAGAUGCAGCUUGAACAGCUCUACAAUUUACACAAGAUCUGCUAUUUUAUAGUCGCACCUUUUGUUUUCAAAAUGGACAAAAUUUUGGGCAAUCGAAUUUCGACCGUGCGAAAAUGAUAUUUUUUUUAGUACAAGAUGAAUUCCUUUUUUCUUAUUUUCUCUUUUUUAUAAUUUGUUCUUUGUAAAUUGUAGAGUUUUUUACGCUCCAUCUUGUGGUGUUUUUUUUUAAAUAAAACAUAUCAGGUAAUAAGAAGAUAAAAUAAGAAAAAACGAAUUCAUCUUGUACUAAAAAAAUAUUAUUUUCGCACGGUCCAAAUUUGAUCGCUCAAAAUCUUGUCCAUUUUGAAGACAAAAAGUGCAACUAUAAAAUAGGCGGUCUUAUAUAAAUUGUGGACGUUUUCACGCUGCAUCUCUUGGUUUAUUCUGUUUUUUAAUAGGACGAAGUGAUGAAAACAUUAGAUACAAAGCGCGAUCCUUCAUUAUGUACAAUCCGUUAUUUUUUACAGCUUUUUGUGUGUCUUCAUUUUUCAUCUUUUCUCAGAUAUAUCUGAAAUAGUUUUAAGGUCUAGUCAUAUGUGGUUUUGUAGAGAAUUUCAAGGGCUAUCUUUUGAUAAAAAAAGGUGUUUGAAUCACAGGGAUAAUAGAGGAAAAAUGUUAAAAACACGAAGAAGGCAAUUCUUUAUGGG